UGAACUGAGCAAAGCUGAAGACAACACAGAAAUAGGUAUUGCAGACCUUAGAGGUACAGAGAUGGGUAUGGCAGAGAGAUGUUUGGUUGUUUUAUUGAUGGUGGUAGCUAUGGCGGCUGUGGAGGUGUCAUAUGGAGCAGUUUACAAGGUUGGGGACUCUGCUGGUUGGACCACCAUUGGCAAUAUAAACUACAAGAACUGGUCUGCUACCAAGAACUUCCAAGUUGGCGACGUUAUCAUUUUUGAGUACAACUCGCAAUUCCAUAAUGUGAUGAGAGUGACGCAUGAGAUGUACAAGGCAUGCAAUGCUUCGGCCCCAUUGGAGACCUUCAACACAGGGAAUGAUUCCAUAGUGAUACAGAAUCACGGCCACCACUUCUUCUUCUGCGGCGUGCCUGGUCACUGCAAAGCGGGCCAGAAGGUUGACAUCAACGUCCCCAGGGUGUCUGCAACUUCUUCAGAAGCUCCCUCUCCUUCUGCUUUGGCCUCUCCUGCCGUUCCCGUACCAAACAACGGGCCUGCGCCUUCUCCUAAUCAAGCUGCUUCACUGUUCUUUGCUUUCAAGGGAGGUUUUGCAUUUCUGGGUUUGUCCAUUGCAUUCCUCUUGGCAUGCACUUAAUUGUUGCUUAUCUUUCUCGCUGGACAUGCUCAAUGAGCAUGCGCUUUUGUGAUGAGAAUCAAACUCAAGGUAAUGGUGAACCAGUUAGAUGUAUAAAGACUUAAUAAAAGUUCAUAUUUGAGUACGGGUGUUUUAGAACGAGUGUUUUAGAUGAUAAAAUGUCUGGUCAGGUUCAUUGUAAUUUGUUGGAAAUGGUCCGGCAAGCUUCUCCAAAGGAUCAGUGUCAACAUCAUUUGCCGAGAUCAUUAUAGGCAUGCUUGCAAACCUUUUUGCUUAACAAGAUUAUGGGCAUGUACUUGAAGGGCAUUAUCCAUAUCAAAAGCAGGAUCAUGGAAGAGGAUGAUUGCAAUCUAAAAUAAAAAGAAAAGUCAUUAUAUAGUACUUUACGCUAGCCUUCCUAGUUUUGCUGAUUUAAUCUUACUUACUUUAUGUUUCCUUUUCCAUC